AUGGCCUCUCAGCGGGCCCGCGGCGCCGCCAGGGCCCUCGAGCUGGAGUGGGGCGCCACGCAGCUCUCGUGCAAACGCGACGCAGAUGCAGCAACUCGUAAGUUCGAGGACAUCCUGGCCUUCAUCAGCGACAAGGUUGCAAAGCACCAAACGACACUCACCCACGAAAACAUGGAGGACUGGCUGACGAGCAACCCCCAGAAAACCAAGGUGGUGCUGUUUGCGCGGAAGCGGCCGGCGCCCCCGGAGUGGUACUUGGGGGCUUUCUUUUUCAAGAGCCAGCUGGACAUUGGAAUAGUAUUUCCCUCGGAAAAGGAUUUAAUUUUGGAUUAUUUCAGAGAGCCAACAAAGUUCAACAACAUGCAUGCAGUCACUUAUAUGGAAAUCCCCAGUCUUUUGGUGGUUUCCGACUUGGACACUUUGCAAGGCGAGUGGCGCAAGGUCCGGGGCAUGCCGCCGGACAAGUUCAUUUCCACGCUCGCUUCUGUCGCCAAUCAGGCUCGAGUCCCUCGCGCAAAAACUCUCCACCCUUUGACCCGCAGGCGCAUGCGCGCGGGUGAAUGUACACCGCAGGACUCGCAGAUUUGCGUGCUGCUGCUGCUGCCCUCCAAAACUGCUGCCUGGGGCUCCGCCCGCGAAGUGUACAGCUCUUUGAAGGAGUUGGCUGCGAAGUAUAAGACAGACCCUGUGAAGUUGGUGUAUGUUGCUGCGGACAAGAACCCGGUAUUUGCUGCGGCUUUUGGCUUCCCCCCCAGCAGCAAAGAAGAAAUGGUAAUUGCCUACAGGCCCAAGAGGCGGCGCUACCUGCGGCUAGAGCCUCCCGUGACGAAGCAAGGACUGGAGGAGUUCGUGGACAGAGUUAUAGGAGGAGCGCCUUUGCCUGAGAAGCUGAAAGGAGAGCCAGUGUUGGGUGCAGCAGAGGCGGAUGGGGGGUCCCACGACGAGCUCUAA